AGAGGCGACAGAGGAAGCGGAGUGAGCUCGGAGGAGGGAGCGGGUGUUGUCAGGAGGAAGCGGUAUGCGGCUCGGGCUGUUGUCUUCCUCCCUCGGCUCCGUCGCUUUCCUCUCCGGUUGUUUACGCCCAGAACGGCCCCUGUGAGGCACACUGUGGCGGAGAGGAGGGGUGGGCUCUUCUCGGUAUGCCCCAACAACCGGCCGGCUGAAGCGGACAGCAGCUGAAGAUGGCCUCGGUGCGGAUGGUGGGCAAAGUUACGGCCAGACUUUUGGGAAGUGUUGGCGGAGUCAGACACACUCGCCCGGCGGCAUUUCUUCACCGGGAUCAGCACAGACAGCGUCUCCUUGAAAGUUGCCGAGCUCUCUUCUGCACUGCACCUGCCCCCUCCAGUGGAGUGUCUCUGAAAUACAAAUAUGGCCGUCUGGUCCUGGAGGUCCCUCUGCCGUCCAGGAACGAGCAGUGCCUGUUCUUCCUCAGACCCAUGCUGAUGACGGUGGGAGACCUGAUCGCAGACCUGCAGAGGGAGGACCCGGGAGCCAUGGCUUCAGUUCUCUCCAGAGAUGGAGAACGUGUCGCCAACACCACUCUGAUCGACGCUCUGCUGGACAAGGACUUCCAGCUCGUCAUCAACACCACGGUCUACGAUGUCCAGUCUCCUGAGAAAAUGAGUACCUCCAGUGAGCACGCCCAGGACCUGGAGGACAUGAAGCACGUCGUGCACCUUCUGCACACGGCGCUCCACCUGCCCGAACACCAGCUGCUCAAAGAGAGGGAGCUCCUGGAGAAACUGGACAACCUCAAGCAGGAGCUGUCCCCUCUGGAGAAGAUGAAGGCUCAGCUUUCCCGCACGGCUGAGUUUCACAGCUCCAGGGCUCUGUGGACCGGCAUGGCUGUCCUGUCUGUGCAGGGCGGCGCCCUGGCCUGGCUCACCUGGUGGGUCUACUCCUGGGACGUGAUGGAGCCCGUCACCUACUUCAUCACCUACGGAACCAGCAUGGGCGUAUUCGCCUACUACAUCCUCACCAAGCAGGAUUAUGUUUAUCCGGAUGCUAAAGACCGGCAGUUCCUGCGUUACUUCUAUAAGGGGGCCAGCCAGAAAAACUUCAACGUGGCAAAAUACAAUGAACUGAAGGACCAGCUGGCACAGGUUGAAGAGGACCUCCAUCGUCUGAGAUAUCCGACUCAACUUCAGCUUCCAGUCGACCAGAUUCAGCCUAAGUGAAUCAAAGCCAUAAACAGAAAAAAAAACAAAAACAAAACAAUGCCUGCUUCAUUUUGAUAAUAGCACCUUUUUAAUCGAGAAUCCAUAUUA